CUGCGUGAGGCGAGGCGACGCGGCCCCGGCCCCACGGACCGACGGACCGAGCGGCCCCUGCGGCCGUCGGCGGCCAGGCGGCCCGAGAUGUUGUCUGGGAAGAAGGCGGCGGCGGCGGCGGCGGCGGCAGCGGCGGCGGCGGCGGCGGCCGGGGCGGAGGCCGGCUCCGGGGCCGCGGGCGGCGCGGAGAACGGCUCGGAGGUGGCCGCGCCGCCCGCGGGCCUGUCGGGCCCUGCCGAGGGCGGGCCGGGGGCGGCCGGGGAGCGCACGCCCCGCAAGAAGGAGCCUCCGCGGGCCUCGCCGCCUGGGGGCCUGGCCGAGCCGCCGGGAUCCGCCGGGCCGCAAGCCGGGCCUACCGUGGUGCCUGGAUCUGCGACCCCCAUGGAAACGGGCAUCGCGGAGACUCCGGAGGGGCGGCGCACCAGCCGGCGCAAGCGGGCGAAGGUAGAGUACAGAGAGAUGGAUGAAAGCUUGGCGAACCUCUCAGAAGAUGAAUAUUAUUCCGAAGAAGAGAGAAAUGCUAAAGCAGAGAAGGAAAAGAAGCUUCCCCCACCACCCCCUCAAGCCCCACCUGAGGAAGAAAAUGAAAGUGAGCCUGAAGAACCAUCUGGGCAAGCAGGAGGACUUCAAGACGACAGUUCUGGAGGGUAUGGAGACGGCCAAGCAUCAGGUGUGGAGGGUGCAGCUUUCCAGAGUAGACUUCCUCACGACCGGAUGACAUCUCAGGAAGCAGCCUGUUUCCCAGACAUCAUCAGUGGCCCACAGCAGACCCAGAAGGUUUUUCUGUUCAUUAGAAACCGCACAUUGCAGUUGUGGUUGGAUAAUCCAAAGAUUCAGCUGACAUUUGAGGCUACUCUCCAGCAAUUAGAAGCACCUUAUAACAGUGAUACUGUACUUGUCCACCGAGUUCACAGUUAUUUAGAGCGUCAUGGUCUUAUCAACUUCGGCAUCUAUAAGAGGAUAAAACCCCUCCCAACUAAAAAGACAGGAAAGGUAAUUAUUAUAGGCUCUGGUGUCUCAGGCUUGGCAGCAGCUCGUCAGUUACAGAGUUUUGGAAUGGAUGUCACACUUCUAGAAGCCAGGGAUCGUGUGGGUGGACGAGUUGCUACCUUUCGCAAAGGAAACUACGUAGCUGAUCUUGGAGCCAUGGUAGUAACAGGUCUUGGAGGGAAUCCCAUGGCUGUGGUCAGCAAACAAGUAAAUAUGGAACUGGCCAAGAUCAAGCAGAAAUGCCCACUUUAUGAAGCAAAUGGACAAGCUGUUCCUAAAGAGAAAGAUGAAAUGGUAGAGCAAGAGUUUAACCGGCUGCUAGAAGCUACAUCUUACCUUAGCCAUCAACUAGACUUCAAUGUCCUCAAUAAUAAGCCUGUGUCCCUUGGCCAGGCAUUAGAAGUCGUCAUUCAGUUACAAGAAAAGCACGUCAAAGAUGAGCAGAUUGAACAUUGGAAGAAGAUAGUGAAAACUCAGGAGGAAUUGAAAGAACUUCUUAAUAAGAUGGUAAAUUUGAAAGAGAAAAUCAAAGAACUCCAUCAGCAAUACAAAGAAGCGUCUGAAGUCAAGCCACCCAGAGACAUCACUGCUGAGUUCUUGGUGAAAAGCAAACACAGAGAUCUGACCGCUCUCUGCAAGGAAUAUGAUGAAUUAGCUGAAACACAAGGAAAGCUAGAAGAAAAACUUCAAGAAUUGGAAGCCAAUCCCCCAAGUGAUGUAUACCUGUCGUCAAGAGACAGACAAAUACUUGAUUGGCAUUUUGCGAAUCUUGAAUUUGCUAAUGCUACACCUCUUUCUACGCUCUCCCUUAAACAUUGGGAUCAGGAUGAUGACUUUGAGUUUACUGGCAGCCACCUUACAGUGCGGAAUGGCUACUCCUGUGUGCCUGUGGCUUUAGCAGAAGGCCUAGACAUUAAACUGAACACGGCAGUUCGACAGGUUCGCUACACAGCUUCAGGAUGUGAAGUGAUAGCUGUGAAUACCCGCUCCACAAGCCAAACCUUUAUUUAUAAAUGUGAUGCAGUUCUCUGUACCCUUCCCUUGGGUGUGCUGAAGCAGCAGCCACCAGCUGUUCAGUUUGUGCCACCUCUUCCUGAAUGGAAAACAUCUGCAGUCCAAAGGAUGGGGUUUGGCAACCUUAACAAGGUGGUGUUGUGUUUCGACCGGGUGUUCUGGGAUCCAAGUGUCAAUUUGUUUGGGCAUGUUGGCAGUACCACUGCCAGCAGGGGUGAGCUCUUCCUCUUCUGGAACCUCUAUAAAGCUCCAAUACUGUUGGCACUAGUGGCAGGAGAAGCCGCCGGCAUCAUGGAAAACAUAAGUGAUGAUGUGAUUGUUGGCCGAUGCCUGGCCAUUCUCAAAGGGAUUUUUGGUAGCAGUGCAGUGCCCCAGCCCAAGGAAACUGUGGUGUCUCGCUGGCGCGCUGAUCCCUGGGCCCGGGGCUCCUAUUCCUAUGUAGCUGCAGGAUCAUCUGGAAACGACUAUGAUUUAAUGGCUCAGCCAAUCACUCCCGGCCCCUCAAUCCCAGGUGCCCCGCAGCCAAUUCCACGACUCUUCUUUGCUGGAGAACAUACAAUCCGUAACUACCCAGCUACAGUCCAUGGUGCUCUGUUGAGUGGGCUGCGAGAAGCAGGAAGGAUUGCAGACCAGUUCUUGGGGGCCAUGUACACCCUGCCUCGCCAGGCCACACCAGGCGUCCCUGCACAGCAGUCCCCAAGCAUGUGAGACAGACGCGCUCUAAGGGAGAGGCUGACAUGCGUGUCUUUUGCUGCGUAAGGAAAGCUCUUCUGGCAAUACUAGAUUCCGCUGGGAAACUCACCUGGGUGUCUGGGCUCCCUAGCAGCUGCUGGUGCGCACGCUGCUCAGCUGGCCAAGGGGCUUGUCUGGUUUUGAUGAAGGAGGGUGCCUCCUCUGAGUGACUUAGUGUCCGUUAGUGUGGAGGCCUGUGUUCUUCCUAAAGACUGAGGCGCGCAAGCGCUGUGGGAGAACGUUAGUCUCUUGGUGUAGGGUGGUUUUUUUUUUAAUAUUUUGAGAAUAAAACUUCAUAUAAAACUA